AUGGAUCUACAGGAUUUCUUAGCCCUCGAGGCCGACUGCGACACCGAAGACCAAGUCGACCUGCGCGCUCUUGAAUUCGUCUCCAGCUACGAUUCCCACCUGAUGUGCCCGAUAUGCCACUGCCCUUUCAUCCAACCUGUGCGCUUACAGUGUGAUCAUGUCUUCUGUGAGAAAUGUUUGCGAUCGGCGAUCACCACAUUCCGCUCGGCCGAGUCAGACGAGUUCCCGUGUCCGUCAUGCCGAACCCCCACCAGCCAGGUCUCGAUGAGCGUGCCCCGCCUACUGAUCAACAUGUGCGACGAAAUCCAAGUACGAUGUCCACUGGCUGCAGAAGGUUGUCAGGAGCUUGUUCCGAGGGGCCAUAUCCAGUCGCAUGUGGAUAAGUACUGUGGGUAUCGAUUGGUACCAUGCCCGGAUGAAUCGUGCGAUAAGAAGACACGGAGAAAAGAUCUGCAGGCAGAAAAUAGAUGCAGGCAUAGCUACUGCCGAUGCUCGCGAUGUGAAGAGGAUGUGAUGGAGCAAGACUACGAGGAACACGACAAGGAGCUAUGCCCUAGCCUGGAGAUAACUUGUAUCGGCUGCGGGACUAUUGUUUUACAGCGUACAAUGAAGAAUCAUACUGAAGCAUGCCCUGAGGUUGUUAGCUCUUGCGCCGCAUCGAAAUAUGGAUGUGCGGUCAAGAUUCGACGGGCAGAAAUUGCGACGCAUGAGCAGCAGUGUCCUCUUGUUGCGAUAGGUCCAUACUUCGAGGCACAAAAUACUCGAUUGAACUCUCUCGAGCUCACAAUGCGGCACUUACAACAACGAAAUGAGAUUUUCGAGGACGGCAUGGCCAACAUUCGAACCACCCUGGUAGAGUCAUCACGCCUUGACGACCGCAAUAGUUCAAGUAUUGCCGAUGAUACAGAAGAAUCUGCCGACCGUUCUUCAAAUGUCUUCUCUUCCAACGCCACCACGUACCUACUGUCUCUCCAUGAGUCCCUGCGUGAGGAGGUCAGCCAGAUGUCACAUGCCCUUACGGACCUUGAUGCCCGAGCUAGCAUGACCAUUAUGAACGAGUGUCUUCGGAUCAAAGAAGACAUGGCACACACGAAUGCCGCCGUGAAUAGCGUCCGCAUGCAAGUCCAGUGGCUCAUGAAUCCUCGGCUUCACAACGGUACAAGAGCAGGAGGCGUCCGCCCCAACGCAAACACCGGAAACGAUACUCGGUCUCAAGUGGCGUCUGCACCUGGUCCCGGCAAUGUUGCAGGCCCUUCCCUAGGUCCGCUCCGACCAAGACGACCCAGCGAUAGUGGGCGCGAGGGAACCAAACUCUGA